AUGCCCAAAAAGUCAGAAAAUGAUGCGAGUCCUACACAAAACUCUCGUAUCAUACGAGUUCGUGAUUUACCAAUUUAUUAUGAUCCAAAAACAGAUGAUAUCUAUCGGUAUGUUCCACGGAUAGAUAAUGACCAACAGAAGAGAAUCAACAAUACGAAUCGAUUUCAAACAUCGAUUAAUCAAACAAGACAAUCAAUACAACAAUUUUGGAAUGAUAGCAAAGAAUUACGUUUGAAAAUUUCUCGUAAAUUAGAAAAAAGUCAAACCUAUGCGAAAGCAACAAUCAAUUACAUUCGUGAUGAUCAAACAUUUUAUCCAAAAGUCAGUGUAGUAACAAUCGCUGGCCUUGGUGGUCUUCUUCUCGGAAAGAAACGUAGUGUCUUACGGAGAACAUUCUAUUCAUCUGUAGCAGUAGCUGUGGCACUCAGUGCAUGUUAUCCAAAACAGUCUGUAAAUUUACUCAAUCAAGUUCAUAAUCGGAUUCAAAAUAACUCACAAAAAAACAAUCAAUCAGUAAUAAUCAAACAUAAUGAUGGUAUUGUACAUACAAUUAAGAAUGAACAUGAACCAAUGGUUUCUGUCGGUGAUGAGUAUGGGCAGGGAACACCAACUGACUAA